AGUGGAAGAAGGGGAGGAGUGCGCAACGGGUCGUGUUCCUUGGGAAGGCGCGAGGCGACUGACUCUGAAGCCAUUCCCCAAUCUUUUCAUUAGAGGUGCUGCGGGAUCAUGGAACAGGUCAUCUACCAUUCCUCUGCACCAAUCGGAUGCUUAGAAUGAAUGUUUUGUACAAGUAUGCUCUUUACUUCUCUCUUUGGUAACGCUGGAUUGGAAGGGCUGAAAGGAAGUCCAUAUUUCAAGACUUCCGCACCGUGUUUCAAGAAAAACUUUUUGAGGAAUAACUGAAGUCAUUGCGUUGAUCGCUAAUUACGUUGUCCAAACGGUACUAGUUUCAACUCGUGGGCUGCAUCUUCUGUUUGACUUGAAGCUGAGCUACCAGCCCAGCGAACGAUCUUCUGACAAGUUUUUCGGCUUAAGAUCGGCACAGUAUUUAUUGACCUUCAUUUUCACUACGUGGAUAGACAUGUGGAGAGUCAGAAAAGUCCAGUAACAGCAGCUUGCUAGUGAUGGCAUCAGAUCGCAAUUACCUGCCCAGGAGAUGGGAUUAUCUCAACGUCGAGGAGACCCCUGGGACAUUCCGACGCCUCACUGAGGAAGAAACACAGAUUCAUGAGUCCCCCACGAGUAUGCCACCUCCACCUGAACCUGCCAACGGCAAACUCAAAACGACUAAGAACGCUUCAGCGAGUUUGCCUCGAACCAAGCGUAAGGAUUCACCGUCCGUGUUCAAAGCGUUUUCUUGGAGCCGAAAGUCUCGCCCAGUAAUGACGCUUGACGAAGAUCUCAAACAAGAAGAUACUGUCGAGGGUCUUGCAACUGAUUUUAAUUCGUCGGGAGAGCUGCAGGCUUCAACUAGCAUUGAGCGUCAACGAGUGGAGAGACCCGAAGACCUCGCGACAGAUUCUGAAAAUCGUAUCAUGGACUCUCCAAAUAAUGGGGCUCCUCCAUCUGAAAAUAUUGUUUGUGCAGUGUCACCAAAGAAAAGUCAGAGUUUAUCUGUCUCCAGGACCAGCAGCAACAGCAGUAACAAUAGCGGCGUCAAAAAUGCGACCACAAAAAGCGAGAAAACGGUGACUUUGAAAAAACUAUCAAGUGAUGGAGCAGAUGACCAGAAUGUUGCCAGGAACCCUCCCACCACUGAUAUUGUCACCAUCAGAGACCAGAAAAGUGGGCAGAAGAAAACAGAGGAGGACAGCGCCAAGCAGUCGACAAACGGCAACACGGAAAACUCAAAGACGAAACAGAGAGUGGAACAAACUCUCUCAGCGGAUGAUGAUGAAGACGAAGAAGCAGGAGCAGAACCCAGGGUGACUUAUCUCGGACCCGUGGUGCUGUCACCUAAAGGUACUCAGAAGGGACAAUACGUGCACAUAACAGUCGUUCCUGGCUCAGAGGUCGAGGAAAGUUCCAGAACCAGUUUUUCAGACCAACUUCAGGUAGCAAGCGUUUACUCGGAUUCUCACGAUGAGGCACAGGUAGGUCGUACUACGACGGCUGGGGCACCAGAGAUGUUGGUCUCUAAAAAGUGUGUCCUGCAACACGAAAGAACCAAAGCCUCUUCCACAGUACACAGUUCAACCGAAGACUCAGUCGCUGGUGUUCAUACUGUGACCACUAUCGAGUCAAGCACUAUAGGCACCCAAGACUGCCAUUCUGUUUUGCAAAUGGAACGUGUCGUGACCAUAAUGAAACCUAUAAGCGUUUCGUCUGAUCCCUCACCAUGGUGUCAAGAUGAAGAAAGCGGCUCCGGUUCUUUCCCAUUACAUGACAUCAUUCAGAAAGAUGUUGGUUCAGUUCAGAAUGAAUAUGCACAGGCUUCAGUUGAAGACAACCUUUCAAAGGGAUGCGCUGAUGAGAUAUCUGCAAACACUACUGUUGACAACAGGAUUUCCCCCGACACUGCUGUGUCACCAUUACAAGCUAAAGACAGAGAAGUUUCUGAGAAUCAAAAGUCGUCCAAAGGCUCCUGCUUUGAUGACAGCACCACGAAUACGCUGCCAGUGGAAAAGGAAGAGAUAGAGACACAAGGCAUCCCAGUCUUCUCUUGCGGCAUGGACAUUGUGAGAAUGAAUCGUCCAAAUCUUCCUCGUCAUCGUCUUUGUCGUCAUUGCGUGAAGAAAUAGAUGGGGUCAAGGUCCCGAUUAUGACCGUCGUUUCGC